CACAUGAUUUUUAUUCUCCGAAUAUGUCAUUGAAGUAUAAAACUAAUUUGGUUAAUGGUUCAUAGAAUAUCUCUAUCAAUUGCGUUAUCAGUGGCUGUUGGCCAAGAAUUGAGUAAUGACAUCGAGGGGAAGAUGAUUGAAUUCAAGGUCAAUGUACUACGUAUGAUUUGUUUAAUGACAGGUUACACUUAUCAUUUCACUAUUGUGAACUUUACUCAAAAUUCAUUACACGUGCUUCACUAUCGUUAUGUCAGCACUGAUAUGGUUGACAGGAGCUGUUUGCCCAUCAAUGCGAGCUUAUCCAUCAGCCUUAGUAUGAUUCAAGAUUCCAACUGUGUUAAAUAAGAAGAAAAGAAGAGAAGUAUCAUAACUCUACUAUGUUCUGUACAAAAUGCAGAGACUUGCGACCAACUAUCGCCAACGAAUUGAAACUCGAAGAAUUUCGAAUCGAGGGAAACAUUCGACGAAUUGAUUGUACAGUGUGUAAAACUUUCAUCGGCAUUAUUGAGAAUAAUAAAAUGAUAAAUCUUGAUGAAAUUGUAGAUAGAAGUGUUGACGGUUGGAAACAGGUUGAAACCAAUCGGGAACACAUAAUUUAUUAUGUACUGAGUCAAAUAGUUUAUCCGGAAAUUGAUACACCGAGGGAGGAAGAAUUGGAAUCGUUGUAUGAUUUUGCUGACUGGUGUGACCAUGUAUUUUUACGGUGGCUGAAUGGACAGCCUGUUGGUUUUUACACGAUUAAGCCGAAAG